AGAAGACGGAAGUACUUAAUGUUCGCUUAAACGUUUCCUCCGUCGGUUAUAACGAAAACAAACCCGCAUGCAGCCAACUCAAGUUUACAGCUAACAGAAAUUAUACAGUGAAAGAAGGAGCUUCACGGACCAACUAACUACAAUUCAGAAACAACUUGUCCAAUCAUAGAGGAUAUAUGGUUUACUUUUUUUUAAUGAAACAUUGGUAAGAAAUAAUAGCUAACCUGGCUAACGUUAGCUCUCUUUAGCUGGGAUGGCAGCCUGCACUCCUCCACUGAUCUCUCCUGCGUUAAGUCAAAAGCAACGCAAGGCUGCUCUGAGGAAAGAAAGGAGAAAACGGAAACGACAAGCUUUAGCCCAAGCCAGAGAAUGUGAUUUAAAAAAUGGAGCAAGCCAAGAAGAAGAAGAAGAAGCAAAUGAUGAAGAUGACGAAAAUAACGAUAUUGCUGAGGAGGAAAGGCAGCGGCUACAUGACAAUUGGUUGGAAAGAGAGAGGCUCGCUCAGGAGGAAUUCAGGCUGCAGUCUGAGAGGGAAGAAGCUGCACGGAAAAGAAAAGAAGAUGAGGAGCGGAUGAUAAAGGAGGAAUGGGAGGCCCAGCAGAGGAGAGAAAAAGAAGAAAAAGAGCAGAAGCAGCAGGAGAAGCGAGACAGAGAGGAUGCUGUUCAGAAAAUGUUGGAUGAAGCUGAAAAUCAGCUCGAUAACGGAGGGCCGUGGAUGAAUCCUGAGGCUCCAGUGAAGGAGAGCUCUGAGAAUUACGGCACAGAACAGGACGUAGCCAACUGUCCGUUCUUCCUUAAGACCGGAGCGUGUCGAUUUGGAGACAGAUGUUCUCGGAAACACGCUUAUCCAACAGCCAGCCCUACUCUGAUGAUCCGCGGUAUGUUUGUAACGUUCGGCAUGGAGCAGUCUCGGCGCGACGAUUACGACAUAGAUGCUUGUUUGGAACACAGCGAGGAGGAGCUUCAGGAGUCUUUCAUCGAGUUUUACCACGAUGUCCUGCCUGAGUUCAAGAGCGUUGGCAAAGUGUUGCAAUUCAAGGUCAGCUGCAAUUACGAACCACACUUAAGAGGAAAUGUUUACAUUCAGUUUGACACAGAGGAGCAGUGUAAAGAAGCCUUCAUCAAGUUCAAUGGGAGGUGGUACGCAGGCCGGCAGCUUCAUUGUGAGAUAUGUCCUGUUACACGGUGGAAGAACGCUAUAUGUGGAUUGUUUGACAGACAGAAGUGCCCCAAAGGGAAGCACUGCAACUUCCUGCAUGUAUUUCGAAACCCUGGCAAUGAAUUCUGGGAGGCUGACAGGGACCUGCACAUGUCACCCGACCGCAGCGUCAGGGGGAGUCACAGAGACGGGUGGCACUCGGAGCGAUACGGAGACCGAUCGCGGAGGCAGCGUCACUGCAGCAGAAGCCCGCCGAGGUCGGAGAGAUCCCACGGCAGACGAGAAGACGACAGGCGGAGGAGCAGGAGCAGGGAGAGGAGGACCUCCCAGCACACGAGAGAGGACAGAUGGUCGGUCAGAUCCAGAUACAGUGACAGGAGGAGAGACAGAUAUCGGAGCAGAAGUAGAGACAGGUCGAGGAGUAGAAGUAGAGACAGACUGAGAAAAAGGAGUAGAGAUAAAGACAGAGAGCAAAAGAAUCGGAGUAAAAGUGAAGAGAGAGAUAGAGACAAGUCUAGAAGCACAAGCAGAGAAAGAAACAAGCAAAGUAGAGAAAGGAGCAAAAAUCGGAGCCCGGAGAAACCAGAUAAGAACGAGAAACCCACCAACGACGAUACUAAAACACGUCACCGCUCCAAAAAACACUCCAAAAAAAGUAAGAAAAAGAGCAAGAAGAAGCAUAAGAAGAAAAGCCAUUUGCCUGAAGGGAUGACAUCAUCAGGAGAGUCAGAAAAAGAGAAAGAAUCAGAUGAAGAGACAGCGGAGAGACAUUCUGCGACAAGUCCGAGUCAAGAGAUAAAAGAAACAGAGCUGCUUCAGAAAGACUUAGAUGAAAGUGUCGACAGAGAGAAGAACUGUAGUCCAGAAGUGACAAGUGAAGAAUCUAACACAGAAAUCUCACAUGAGCCGAUAGGAAAUGAUGACAUCAGUGCUUCUUAGUAGUAUUUGAAAAUAUGUACAUUAACUACGUGAAUGUUAAGGAAAUAGCAUACAUCCUUUUGAGCAGAGAUACAUCACUACCCAUCACCAACAUGUACAUAUGUGAAUAUUUUGCUGUUAGUAAAUGGUCGAUGUCGCUUUAAUUACUGAACACUUCACCAGCUGGAUUCGUAGCACCACAUGGUCGUUAAGUAAAAACUAUAUUAAAAAAAAAAGAUCAACAAGUGGCUUUUCUUUUUUAAUACAUUUAUUGUUAAUACCUUUCAAAUAUUUAAGAAAAAAAUGUUGGCAAAUGUGUUGGCAGUGUUAAAUACAAAAGUAAGUGUUUUCUUUUUGCACAAAUUAAAGAUGAACAUGAUAUUUGUUUGAUCGUUAAACAAAAAAAAACAUUUUUCUGAUAAAAAAAAAAAAAUGUGACUGCCAUACAGUUUGGAAUGAGCAUUGAUUCAGAAGUUGUGGGUUUGUUUUCUUGCUUCUUACUGGCAAGCGAACAAGCUGACAGUAAUGAGUAGUAAUGAUGUACCCUGAUAUGUGCGGUUACUGUUCUCUUUGACUCACAAAUAACUCAAGUUUCAGCUCCAGAAAGAAACACCUGUCUUCAGAUGGAUUGAAAUAAUUACAUAAUACUGGUAUAUUGUGGCCAAAUAACCCUCAAAAUACAUUUAUCAAUAACACCCUGCAGCACUACAUCCCUUUUCUGCCAUGUCAGCCUUCCUUAGACACCAUUACGAAGGUAAAACACAGUGUUCUUUGGUCAUAUAUGUUAGUCUUUAAGAGUUAAGCCAAACUAUCAUAAUACAUACAAUAGUGUUACUUUUAUUUGGGUCACUAUCCUAUCCUGACCUAAGACUAAGAGAGGGACUGACCUAAGAUAUAUCACCAGAGGUCAUAACACAAAAUUAAAUGUUUUAACAAAUUUUCUAGUCAGGAAAGAAAGUGCAGAAAAAUAAAAGACAACUUAAGAUGUCACAAACAGAACAAUACACAGAAACAGCUAAAAUUUUUUGAAGCAAAGGUAAACAAUCAGUCUUGGAAAAAGGAAAUAUGGAAUGAUUUAACUUCUGGUGGGGAAUCACUAAACACAAACUUAUACAAAUGUAUUGAUUACGGGUCAUUGUUUAAUUUCACUUAUCUGGUGGGUUGAAUUUACCCGUGUAGAAUUGAUUUUAACAGUGUCAGUGAUUCCCAUAAAACCCAAGCACCACUUUCUGCCUCAUGUAAUACAUUCACAUUUGAGUCACACAGGUAAGCAUAACACCUGAGUCUGAAUUACUAGAUUUGUAAAACCAGAAGUUUUCAUUUUGUUAUGUAAAUUUAGACAAAUAUAGCUGACUCCUUUCCAAAUAUUUAAUAUUUU